GACCGGCUACAAGAGCGCGAUGACGUCACACGCCGCCCCUUUCGGCGCCGCUUGCCGCCAGAAUGAAGACCAUCCUCAGCAACCAGACCGUGGACAUCCCUGAGCAAGUCAGCGUGUCCCUGAAGGGCCGCACGGUCAUCGUGAAGGGCCCCCGGGGAACUCUGCGGAGAGACUUCAACCACAUCAACGUGGAGCUGUCCCUACUGGGAAAGAAGCGCAGGAAGCUGCGUGUUGACAAGUGGUGGGGUAACAGAAAGGAGCUGGCAACAGUUCGCACAAUUUGCAGCCAUGUCCAGAACAUGAUAAAGGGCGUUACGCUGGGCUUCCGUUAUAAGAUGAGGUCGGUGUACGCUCACUUCCCAAUCAAUGUAGUUAUCCAGGAUAACGGCUCACUGGUGGAAAUCCGGAACUUUUUGGGAGAGAAGUACAUUCGCAGGGUGCGCAUGAGGCCAGGCGUUUCCUGUGCUGUUUCUCAAGCCCAGAAAGAUGAGCUGAUCCUUGAAGGGAAUGACAUUGAAUUGGUCUCCAAUUCAGCUGCCUUGAUCCAGCAAGCCACUACAGUCAAGAAUAAAGAUAUCAGGAAAUUCUUGGACGGAAUCUACGUCUCCGAGAAAGGAACAGUACAGCAGGCAGAUGAGUAAAACUAAUAGUUGUCUGGGUCCUGAAAAAAAAAAACAAAACAAAAAAUGAGACAGCAUAUCAGCACGUACUGGAUUGGGACAUCUGAUACGGAAACUGAACAAGAUCAGAGGUUUAAUAAAAUAAAAUAUAUUUCA